UCCAUGAUGUCCUCUGAUUGGCUAAGAGUAAGAGCGGAACUGCCAAGGUGUCAAACGUCCUGAGUUGCCCCAAGUGCAUCGCCCCAAGCCGAGCACCACAUUGCUCAGUUUUUCAUGCGCCAAGCAGGCUUGGAUUAUAGGAAUCUGAGUAAGGCGAGAUGGAGUCCCUUGCUGAAGAACUGACCUGUCCGGUCUGCCUGGACCUGUACGAACAGCCGGUACUCCUGCCCUGUGCACACAGUCUGUGUAAAAGGUGCGCCGGCGUAUUCUUUGUUGGGAUAGGUGCGGCACAGAAGCAUGUUCGGUGCCCCAGCUGCAGACACAAGUUCCUGCUUCCUGCACUUGGAGCGGACGGACUACUCAAGAACACCACGCUGCGGAACAUCGUCGACCGCUACCGGGAAGCAAAGAACAAAACAAAGGCCCCCAAGGUGGUCCCCGGCCAGACAAGUGACAAGAAGACGAGCGACACUGUGAAAAACGGCCAGGAUUGUGACAACUCCCACCGUGUUGACCCCACAGUGAAGGGAGGCCCAGUGAGGCACACUCAGAGUCAGACUGAUGCUUCUGCAACAACUCCUAAAGUACCAACCAGCACUGAGAGGGCUCAAGAGACGGUUGGAAAGCACGAGGACCAUGGGGCUGCCGCAAGGCCAGACACAUUCCGACAGAAGCGGAGUCAUCAUUUCAAUGAAAAGUGCAAGCUGCAUAUCCAGACAGAUUUGUUUGAUCCACUCAGUGAGAUAAAAAUGCAGUCUGACAUCUGUUCCACCCUGUGGAUGCUUGACCAGAACCAUCUGUGGAGAGGGGAAGAUUAUGAAGUAGAUCUUUAUGGUGACAAGCUGUUUCCCUUUGUUGCUCGUUACAACUUGGAAAUCAUCCCAACUUACAGAGCCCUCCAGAACUUGGUGAACAACUACGGCACAGGCCUGCCUAGGUACACGACACAGCAGGAAGAGAACGAUGCCCGGGCAUUCCUGAACUGUUGCCUGGAUACGGAGGUGAUGCAGAGAGCACUUUGGUUCCUGGCUAAGGAGGGAUAUGUGUCUGAAACUAGAAAGGGGUUCAAGGACUUGUUAUACAAGAUAUGGUUCACACCCUACACCAGGACUCACAGCGACGGGGUUCAAAGGCUCUCCACAGCAUUUGAACAUGUCUUUGUGGGCGAGACUCGCUGUCAGCACAUGAUGGGUUUGCAAAACUGGCUCCGUCUCUACAUAGAUGAGUACCAGGGGCUAGUCCAAGUCUACAACUGCUUGCAGUCCUGUGAUUUUGAUGACCGCAUGAUCCUCACGAUCGACUUCAGCUGGGAUGUCGGCUACCUAAAGGACAGAGGACACGAGCUAUUGAAUGCUGUAAGCAGCUUCUUUGUUGGCACGAGCCCAGAGUUCGAGCUGGCCCUGUACACCGUCUGCUUCCUCGCUGGGGGCGGAGAGAGGACGGAGGUUGUCCUGGGGGGCAAGAUGGUCACCAUCGUCACUGAGGAGCUGGACGGUCAUCUCGGAUCUUGCUAUCCAGUCUUUAAGCAACAAGGUCCAUCAGGCACAGAAGCUUAUUCUCAGGACAAUAGCUAUGAAGAUCCAUUGGUUGCUGAAGGCCGGGACUUCUUGCAGUACGUUGAGGACCAGAACAUCAGUCUGAGUAUGGAGAAGAUAGAUAUGAAGAUGAUCUACGAGGAAGAGUACACACAGUGGCAUGGAAGGAGGCGACGGACCCCCUUCUCACAGGUCCUGCGUACUCUCGAGAGGGACGGCAAGGUGGAGGUUUACUACAACCAUUAUGGGUUUGAGAUCAUAUCCAUUCUGGUGUGAAGUCACAGAGCAGUUAGAACACACAUAUCUGUGGUCUUCUUCACUUUGGUUUAUUUUAUUUUUUAUUUGUUGGCACAAGCACAGUUUUAUUUUUGUACCAUUUUUUACAGCGACAGGGAAGUGUAUAAAAAGUCUAUCCACAUGGCAUAAUUGAUCCUGCUGAAUCAACAGUGUACUGAUGCUACCUUACCUUGCAACUGCAUGUGUAAGAAGAACUUUAGAGAUGUGUUGUUAGAUGUCUCAAAGGAGACAUAAGCACAAUGACAUUUUCCAAGAAGUUCCAAGUUCCCUGAUAUCAUAUAGUGCAAUGUUUGGAUCUUGGAUCUUCCUUUUCUGAUUGGCAACUAUCGAUGAAAACCUUUUUAAUUUUUGCUUUUAACAUACUGGCCACAGAACACAGACCUUUUAUUUCAAGGUCCUGCUGACUCCUGCAGGAGUUGUGUUAAAGUUAGCAAACAACUACACCCUCACUUCGAUGCAGGACUGUCAUUGGCCUGAAGUUUAGGAUUGAUUGACAUUACUGGUGAAUUGUUUGGCACCAAUGUGUACCUGCAACAGAGUUUGUCAUGUCUGCCAAAAACAUUCCAGUUAUGGAAUUAGUUGGUGUUGAUUAAUUAUGCAUUUGUUCCAAUACUUGGAUUAUGCAUUUUGCGUUUUCAAAAAUAGGCAUAUUCCUGCAAAGGUUCAUAAGUUUUCCUUAUUGUAGAUCUCUAGCUUUAAUAAUUAGCACUGUUUGGAAGUUCCUAUAUGUUGGUAGAGCAUAUUCUUCAACAAAACUAACCAUACUAGUAAGUUCCUACACAAUGGGAGAAUGAAAGUCAUAAAAGCAAUGGAUCGCUCAUGGCUUGACAAGAAUGGUGCUAUUCGUCCAAAAAUCGGGCAAAUCUGAUUCCAUUUUGACAUUGUGUUGGACAUUGUAGUUUAAUCCAGAAGGAUAUAAUAGUGUUUAGCUUAGUCGAGUAAGGCUACGUCUUAAGGAUUUUAGCCUGACACUACAUCAGUGGUUCACUCUCAUGUUAGAUUCAUUCAUUACUAAAUCCAGACAGCUUUUGAGGUCUUUGUUUCAUGAUAUGUAACGAUUAAGAUUAACUGCCUACGUUACUUGUGUUAUUGUGAGUUCUUCACAGAGUUUUAGUCUUUAGUUUUUAGUAGUUAGAUGAAAAUACCUGUAUGGUUAGUACAAAGAAAUGACUAUUUCUUGUUGAUAAUCAAGAAAAGUUGUUCAUAUGGCCCAUUUUUUAGUCUUAUUUUUCAUUGUUUCUGUAAUGCUUCACAUGAUUUUGACUUGAAAUGGACUUAAGUAGAAGAGGAAAGACCAAGAGAACUAUUUGCUUCCUUUGGAAGGUCUGACUACUUCAAAUCUUUAACAUACAAGUUUUCAAAGCGGAAAAUUCACAACUGUCCAUGAUGUCCUCAAUAUGCCGUUGUAUACCUACUCCCAAGCAGGGGUUGGUGGGGAAAAUUGUGACCUCUGAUGAUAUAUGUAUGUGACCCCUUUUCUGUCCGCAUGAUUUACACAUGUGCCAAAUACAAGGUUAGGGAAGUGCGAUAAGGUAACAAUCAGCUGUUGACAGUGUGGCAUGCGGCAGUGUUUGUUGGGGCCGGUGGACAGAAAGCAGGGCCUGUAAUAAGAAGGUAAAAAUCACAAUUUUCAUCACCAACCCCUGCUUGUUGUGUGGUAAACCUAUCAUACAAGCAAUGUGGCCACUAUUAUUAAAGCAAUUAUGUUCUCCCUUGA